AUGCCAAACAAUUCCCUCUUGGCUCUCAGUAAACAGUCGAUUGUUUGCAGCUCGCUGCAUUUGUCUCCUACUUUGAGGCUGAGGGCAAUGGUUACUUGCUGUGCUCUCCACAGGCGGUUGCACUCCGGCAUGGGGCUGUGGCGCACCAACCCCUUACGCCGCAUAGCAGAAUUCGUGGGUUGUUGGUUUAACUUGGAGGACCCACAGCAGCAGGCCCGCUGGAUGAUGGAGGGAGGAAAGCCAGUGGCGUCUCCAGGAGUCAACUACAACCAAGAGCGCUCUACAAGCCCUGUAAAUCCUCCUGCUCCCAGCGGCCCCUGUCCAGACCCCCUCCCUAGUGCCUCUACAGUUGACUCGCCACUGCGUUCAGAAGAGGUUUCAGCUUCAGAUUCAGCUUCAGCUGACGUUCAGGAAGAGGCGCCUUUAGCAGCCGCUGGGGGCCCUCCAUCAUCUGCUCUAUCAGGGGAAUCGGGGCAACAGCUGCCUGGAGCUGCUGAUGGAGCUGUUCUUUCUUACGCUGAGUUUUACGCUCAGUAUGCAGCGCAGUUAGCCGCUUAUAGCAACCAAAGAGGACAACAUGGGAGCCCAGGAGAAGGUGAGCUCCCGCAGCUGUGUGAUAGCAAGAGGGAGUUGGUGCAGCAGUGGCUGACGCGGCCUGCGCGGCGUCAGGCGGAAGCAACAGAGCUGGAGAACACUUGUCACCUUGAAGGGCAGAAUGAAUACAACAUUUGGUACGGGCGCCACCUUACAGAUCGACACAGCCGCACGAGCCAUCUCGACAGAGAAGCGGCUUUAUACCGAUGCGAUCCUGAGUUAGACUCGGGGUAUACUCUGGCAGACACGCAGCCUGGAAGCUCAGAGGGGUAUUUCUGUGCCUUCUUUGCCAAAGGAUGCUGCACGAAAGGCAGCGAGUGUCGAUACAAGCACCGCAUUCCUACUCUAGAAGAUGAAUCUACACUGGAGUGGAGCCGAGAUAUAUUUGGCCGCGAACGUCAUAGAGAUCACCGAGACGAUAUGGGGGGAGCUGGCAGUUUCAAUCACGAGUGCAAAACUCUUUUCGUUGGGGGUCUUCAGGUGGACCCCAAGGAGGAGGAUGGGUUGCGCGCCUUAGAAGCCUUUCUAUGGAAGAGUUUCGGUGUAUGGGGAGAUCUCGUAAGUGUACGUGUUAUACCCAAAAAGCUCAUCGGCUUCGUCUCAUACGCAUACCGAGUCCAAGCAGAAUUCGCCAAAGUUGCAAUGGCUGAUCAAAACUUUGGAAAAUACGGCUCUCUCCUGACAGUCAAAUGGGCGCACCAGGACGGCAACGCGAAACGCAAGAAUGAAAGCGAAGAAAUCACAAAAAAAUUAAAGACGGGGGAUGAAGGAAGAUGUGUACAGCCAAAUAAUGAAGUAUCACGAGGAACAGAAGAAGAGGUCGUCAGACAAACGCUAGAAAGCUACUGCUCGGCCUGGCAGAACUACUGGGCCAACGUAUACGGAGGGGGAGAAGAGCAGAAACAAACGACCCAAGUUGAAUCUGCCUCCUCUCAGCCCUAUCAACGCAACACAGCUUCCGUGCAAAUGCCUAAUUUCCUCUCAACUUUCAACAAGCUGGAGGAGACACAGAGACGACAAGGGGUUCUGGCAGGCGGUGGUGGUGGCCAGUGGCCCAACGAACAGACGCAGGACUCAGAAGAAAGCGUUCAGAGGCUUGCGAAUGUACUCAAUCGGGUCGAGGGCCUCUCCACCGCCGACUUCCUUAAUGCGGCACUCGUGGGGGCUCCCGACAGCUGA